AUGGAGGAGGCGGCAAAAUUUGACGAUGCGCGUGCGUUAUACGAGCGCGCGCUUGAGUUGAUGCGCGUCUCCAAGGGCGAGAGUAGCGUGGGUUAUGCCGUCAUACUCAGCAACAUGGCGUGCCUCUUGCGCACUGAGACAAGAUAUGAUGAGGCACUGCAACUGUUCGGAGAGGCCCUCGUUGUGAUCGAAAACUCUAGCGACUUGACUGAAGAUGCGAGAUAUGAGAUGCUUGAGACAAUGCGGGCUAAUGCGUUGCAAACGGAGGCAUGGCAGAAUGAGGAAGAACUGGAGAUUCUUGAGUUUCGAGCCACAGGACACUCAUAG